AUGAUGUCCAACUUCCCACCUCGAGACGGCCCUCACAAGGCCGCCUUGUGCUUGCAAUGUUACGUCACGGUCGAUCCGUCUGAUUACGAGAUUGACGAGUUAGCUAUGCCGAAGGUCUCGGAGGACGACAAGACCUUAGCACUCAAUAUGACGCUGGUUCGACUAAUGCAAUUCUUGGCCCAGGACAUUCACGGCCAUGCGAUGCUUAUGGCCAUGGCUGCCGAAGUUGUAUCCCUUGUCCCCGUCGGCACCCCCUUGUCUGCUGCCACCCUGCAAGGCCUGCGCCAGUAUACGUCGACCUUCUUGACCGCGAUGCAAGCGCGGCUGGUUGCUGAUGACCUCCCUACGACCCUGCCCGGCAUGCUUCGUACCUAG